AUGGCUGCUCUCACCGAGUAUCACGCGCGUGUACCUCAGUCGAUCGGACACGACCCCGCUCACACUCGCUCGUCCGACACACCGCCGACGCGGUACAACACGGGCAUGCAGUACGGCCGUCUCCCGAAGGCUGGCUGGCGCGAUACCCAGCCAACACCCCCUGUGCCGCUUGUGCCGGGCUACACCCGCGCAUCUGGGACCAUGUGA